AAAGCUGCAAGCAGGAUGGUGAGGAAGUGCAAAGGUAGGCAGAAGAUUGAGAUGAUGAGGAUGUCCAAGGAGAGCAACCUUUUGGUGACGUUCUCUAAGCGAAGGUCGGGGCUGUUCAAGAAAGCGAGCGAGUUGAGUACACUGUGCGGUGUGGAUAUCGCCAUAAUUGUCUUCUCCCCUGGGAAGAAGGUGUUCUCUUUUGGGCACCCGAGCGUGGAAUCGGUGGUGGACCGCUUCCUCGCUCGGAUGUGGAAUAGCAACAGCAGCAGCAAUAGCAGUGGAAGUUGCCAUCAGCAGCAGCAGCAGCUGAUAGAGGCUCAUCGGAAUGCAAGCGUGAGGGAGCUGAACAUGCAGCUGAUGGAGAUCUCGAACCAGGUGGAGGUGGAGAAGAAGCGCGGGGAGGGUUUGACGAAGAUGAGGAAAGACAGUGAGGAAAAGUGUUGGUGGGAGGCGCCGGUGGAGGAGCUUCGGCUGGAGGAGCUGGAGCAGCUGAAGGGCGUGAUGGAGGAGUUGAACAGCGGUGUGGGCAAGCAGAUUCAGAAGCUCCAGCUCCUCAUCAUUGACUCUAACCCCUUUUUUACUCCUAACAAUAAAGGGUCCCUAUCCGCCCCUCAUCCUUAUACUGCACCCUUCUUCUCAUCCAUAUAAAUCUUUCUUUCUAUAAACCAUCAUAUCAUCUUCAAUUAAAUAAUACUGCAUUAGCGCAACUCGAUCAACCCUGGAAUUUUGUGUUGCCCUAAUUAAAUAUUUAAUAUAAAUAUAUACGUACUGUGACAUUGUU